AUGGUCAUCAAAAUCUCCAACCUCACCGAGGGCGACAUUCCCGGGGCUGUUGCAGCUGUGCAAGAUGCCUUCAAAAACGAUCCCUAUAAUGAAUGGGUCUAUGACCACUCCAAGUUCAAUCAACAACGGAACGCCACUUCUCUUGGAAUACGCAUGAGAUGGGGCAUGCGAAACGGUAAAUUCCACGUGGCAAAGGAAGAAGGUAGCGACAAGGUUUUAGGCGUGGCCAUGUGGUUGCGGCCACAGCCAGCCAACUCUCCACCGACCUGGAACGACUGGUUGGAAGGAUGGAGGCUCUAUUUCAAUCAAGUAGGGAUGAAUCUAUACUAUGGACGUGGCGGGUUAAACGUCAAGCGGUAUUAUAUCUGGAAGGAUGCUCAAGCAAAGGUACAGUCUGAAACAUGGGAUGACCCAAGGGGGUACUACUUUCUGAAUAUCAUGGUGGUUCUGCCUGAAACGCAGGGAAAGGGAGUUGGGGCUGCUAUGAUGAAGCAGGUGACGGACCAAGCUGAUGCCGAAAAUAUGAAGUGCUAUCUGGAAUCAAGUCGUGACGAUCCGAACAUUGCUAUAUAUGGGCGCUGGGGAUUUAAAUUCGUCAAGGACAUGAUUUGCGAUGAUGAUGGGCCCAAGUCUGCUUCUGGCAUCAAUAGACGAAAUUCCGACCUGGAGAAUCUUAUCGCUGACAAUGACGAUCCUGGACCAAAAGGCAGCGCAUACGUCAGCCCGUCGAGUACUGCAAUGCUGGAGUACAUCUCUAAAGCCAUUUUGGAAGAUCCCGGCCUGCCUCGGAGAAACCCAACCGUGUCGUCCUGGCAAAUACCAGAGCAUCCUACCGUGGCAUCUAUCCAGUCUACGACACUUCCCGAGUUUACGGAUGUUGUUAUUAUCGGCUCAGGCAUCACAGGAUGCAGCGUCGCCAAGACACUUCUGGAACACAAGGCCACAUAUAAUCUCCAUGUGACGGUCCUGGAAGCGCGAACUCUCGUGAGUGGCGCCACAGGCCGCAACGGUGGGCACCUGGUCACAGCAUCGGGGCACACGUUCGGGCCGUUGGCUGAACAACAUGGGGUUGAGGCUGCGAAACAGGUGACGAGAUUCAGUCUUCUCAACAUUGAAGCUAUCAUGAAGAUGGUCCGGGGGAUGGGCCAAGAGUUCCAAGAUCAUUGCCAGUUGCGAGAUGUGCUGAAGGUAAUGGCAGUGGGAGACAAAGAGACUUGGGCAGAUGCAACUCGUUCAGUUCUCAACUUCCAAAAGAAUGUCACGGAGUAUAACAAGUAUCAUACCAUUGUCGAAAAACACGCAGUGCCUGAGAGGUGGAAUAUCAAGAACAGUGUCGGGGCGGUUGAGCAUAAUGCUGGUGCGGUGUGGCCGUAUAGGCUGAUAACUGGCAUUUUUGAGCGUUUACUCAAGAAGUACCCCAGUAGGUUGGCUAUUGAAACCCACACACCUGUCACAUCAGUGCAGCAUCUGGCGAAAGACGAAGAAUAUCCUUACAGGAUUACGACACCAAGAGGAACAAUCAAAGCAAAGCGUGUGAUUCACUGCACGAACGGACAUGCUUCGCAUCUUCUACCACAGCUGGCUGGCCGUAUCUAUCCCUUCCGCGGGACAAUGAGUGUACAGAAGCCGGGCCCCUACCUUAAGAGCGGUAAAGGAUCCAGAUCUUGGAGUCUCUCGCACAAGCCGUCCUUGGACCCGCGAACCGGCAUGUAUAUCACGGGCUUGUAUUAUUUACAGGAAAACCCUUUGACUUCACGGAUAUGGAUCGGGAAUGAGACAGCAUACCUCAAGGAUAUACUCACGUCAGAUGAUACAUACGUCCCUGGCGAAGCACGCGCCGCUCUUUCAACGAUCCUACCGAAGCUAUUCCUCAAGGGCUGGGGCAAUGAGGACAAAGCCGAAAUUGAGUCUAUAUGGUCUGGAACCCAAGGCCAUACUGCAGAUGACCUUCCUGUCGUUGGUAAAAUACCUGCGUCUCUGACGGGCAGCGCGACAGAUAGCGAGCAGUGGAUUGCUGCCGGCUUCAACGGAUACGGUAUGGAUAAAUGCUGGUUAACAGGAGAGGCCCUGGUGCGAAUCAUGCUUGGGGAAGACGUGGGAGAGUGGUUUCCACAAUGCUUUCUCCUCACGGAGGACCGACUUAAAAGCACAUUGACGCCGGAGGAGACAGUAUCGAAGUUUUCUAGCAUUCCACUUCCCGAUAGUAUUAGACAGGCGAAGCUAUAG